AAAGAUGACGUUGAAGUCGAGGGACAAGGCCUUCUUCUUUUCGAGGAUGAUGACAUUGUUACAGAUGAACAGAGACCGAAAUAUUGUGGUCAUGUUGUUGCAGUUAUGGAACGAAUGCCAGGACAACUUUUUUCUGGAACGCUUGCUCUUUUAAGACCAUCAUCCACUGCAACUAAAGAAAGGGAAGCAGCUGAAAAAGCUCGAAAAGAAGCUGAAGAUAGGGCUGCUGGGAUUGAACCCAAAGUGGAAGAAUCUCGAGAGGAGAAAAAAGACGACAAAAAUGAGCGUCCAAAGAUUGUAUGGUUUAAGCCGACAGACAAACGCGUACCCUUAAUUGCCAUUCCAACUGAGCAAGCGCCAUCUGAUUUUGUCGAAAAUCAUCAGUCUUAUGCUCAGCAAUUAUUUGUCGCCUGUAUUAAGCGUUGGCCCAUAACUUCUCUUCAUCCUUUUGGCACUUUAGUGACAAAAAUAGGAGAGAUUGGUAGUAUAGAAGUAGAAACGGAAGCACUUCUUAAAGAUAAUAACGUUUCCUCUGAAGAAUUCAAUGAAAAUGUGACAAAAUGCCUUCCAUCUACUCCAUGGACUAUUCCUGAAAAGGAAAUCGAAACACGUAGAGAUUUAAGGUCAACCACCAGGAUUUUCUCGAUUGAUCCUCCUACUGCGAAGGAUCUUGACGAUGCUGUUUCAUGUUCUCGCCUUCCAGAUGGAAAUUACGAAAUAGGUGUUCAUAUUGCGGAUGUAAGCUAUUUUGUUAAACAAAACAGUGCACUUGAUCGAGAAGCUCGUAAAAGAGCAACAACCGUUUAUUUGGUCCAAAAAUCUGUUCCCAUGCUCCCGCCAUUAAUUUCCGAAGAGUUAUGCAGCUUAAACCCUGGUGCAGAUAGACUUGCCUUUUCUGUAAUUUGGAAAAUGACACCAGAAGGCAAACAUUUUGAGACGUGGUAUGGCCGCACUAUACUCCGACCAUGCGCUAAAUUAUCGUAUGAAAAUGCGCAGGAAGUAAUUGAAGGAAAACCAUUAAACUCUGAA